AUGGGCGUGAACGAUGGGGGCGGAGCGUUGACUGACGGGGCGUGGCCAAAGCGCGCAGCGUGGCUGCUGGAGGCGGGGCGGGGAGGGGUCGGUGGGGCGGGCCUGGGAGGGACCGGUCGCUCGGGCCCAUCGGAGGGGAGCAAUGGGAGCCCGGUGCUCAGGGCCCGCGCAGGGCGGCUCUGUGGGCGGGGAACCUACCCGGCCGUGGCUCCCUUUGCGGCACCCGCGGUGAUUGGGCGCCGCGCGUGGUGCGGGCCUUGCAGCCCAGGCCCCGCAGUCCCCCCAGAGGCUUCCCGCCCUGCGGCCCCGCUGCGCGGCCUGCGGCAGAGGACGCCCGCUAUGGGGGACAGGUGGGUCCGGGUGACCGUCCUUCCGAGCUGCGUGGGCUGCAGGACGUUCCGUGUCCUGCCCAGUGCGACUGUCCUGCACAUCAAGGAGCUCAUCUUGGAGGAGACGGCCUUCCCGGUGACCGAGCAGCAGCUGUGGCACCGCAGCAAGGAGUUACCUGACUGGACCACGAUUGGAGAUCUGGCUCCCGAAAAUUGCCAUCUUUUUGUAAAUCUUCAGUCAAGAGGCUUAAAAGGGGGAGGUCGGUUUGGCCAGACAACUCCUCCACUUGUUGAUUUUCUCAAGGACAUUUUAAGAAGAUACCCAGAGGGAGGGCAGAUUCUUAAGGAAUUAAUUCAGAAUGCAGAAGAUGCUGGGGCCACAGAAGUCAAAUUUUUAUAUGAUGAAACUCAAUAUGGAACGGAGACUCUUUGGUCAAAAGAUAUGGUGCAGUAUCAGGGCUCAGCUCUAUAUGCGUAUAACAAUGCCAUCUUCACCCCAGAGGACUGGGAUGGCAUCCAAGAAAUAGCAAGAAGCAGGAAGAAGGAUGAUCCUCUGAAGGUUGGAAGAUUUGGAAUUGGGUUUAACUCUGUUUAUCAUAUAACAGAUGUUCCCUGCAUCUUCAGUGGCGACAAGAUCGGGAUGUUGGAUCCUCACCAGACCCUCUUUGGCCCCCACGAAUCAGGCCAGUGUUGGAAUCUCAGAGAUGACAGCAAAGAAAUCAGCGAGCUCUCGGACCAGUUCGCACCCUUUUUGGGCGUUUUUGGGAGCACCGUGGACACGUUUGCCGAGGGCAGUUUUCCAGGGACCUUUUUCCGCUUCCCCCUCCGCCUGCAGCCUUCACAGCUCAGCAGUAACCUGUACAACAAGCAGAAGGUGCUGGAGCUGUUCGAGUCCUUCCGGGCCGACGCGGACACAGUGCUGCUCUUUCUCAAGAGCGUGCAGGCCGUGUCCCUGCAUGUCCGCGAGGCCGAUGGUACCGAGCGCCUGGUGUUCCGGGUGACAGCUAGCGAGGGCCAGGCCCCGCCCCAGGAGCGGCCCCACGCCAUCCAGACCCUGGGCACCGCCAUCACCAACUACUGCAAGCAGGUCCCCAGCAGCAGCAUCACCUGCGUCACGUACGCCAUGGACAUCGUGCUGGAGGAGGAAGGUGCUGCGGACGCUCACAAAACCUCGUGGCUGGUGUGCAACAGCGUGGGCGGCCGCGGGCUCUGCGCCCAGCUGGACGCGCUGGCCGAUGAGCUCAAGUUCAUCCCGCUCAUCGGGAUCGCCAGGCCUUUGUGCCGCGGGGCGGACGAAGGAGAGGCAGCGGGCGCGGAUUUCACAGGAAAGGCCUUCUGCUUCCUGCCUUUGCCACCCGGCGAGGAGAGCAAGACAGGGCUCCCGGUCCACGUCAGCGGCUUCUUCGGGCUGACGGACAACCGGCGGAGCAUCAAGUGGCGCGAGCUGGACCAGUGGCGGGACCCCGCGGCCCUGUGGAACGACCUCCUGGUCCUGAACGUGGUGCCCAGGGCCUACGCCACGCUCAUCCUGGACGCCAUCCGGCGGCUGGAGGCGCAGGCGGGCGCUGGGCCCCUGUCGGUGGCCGGGAUUUACCGGCUGUGGCCCGACGGGAGCGCGGUGCGGGCGCACUGGCAGCCGGUGCUGCAGCCGCUGCUCCACGAGCUGCUGCCCAAGGCCGUCAUCCACGCCAUGAGCGGCCAGUGGGUGACGCUGGAGCAGGCUCACCUCUCGGACCUGGACGAAAGCGCGGCCCACGCCAGGACCGUGCUCAGCUACCUCCAGAGCUCAGGGAAGCAGGUGGCCAAGGUGCCGGCCCACCUGGCGGCCGCCCUGCAGGUGACGGGCAGCGCCAGGCCCGCCAAGCGCGUGACGCCUGCGCUGGUGCGCCAGGUGCUGCGCAAGUCGGCGCCCCCUGGCGGCGCGGAGGAGAAGCUUCACCUCCUGGAAUUUGUGCUGUCUGACGAAGUUUACAGCGAACUCCUAGGAUUGGAGCUUCUCCCCUUACAGAACGGGAACUUCGUUCCCUUCUCCUCAUCUGUAUCAGAUCAAGAUGUUAUUUAUAUUACCUCAGAGGAAUAUCCCAGGUCCCUCUUCCCAGGGCUUGAAGGAAGAUUCAUUUUGGAUAACUUGAAGCCUCACAUUCUAGCUGCUUUAAAGGAAGCUGCCAAAACCAGAGGAAGACCCUGUACCCAGCUUCAGCUUCUCAAUCCAGAGCGAUUUGCACGUCUUAUCAAAGAAGUGGUGAAUAUAUUCUGGUCUGGCAGAGACCUGCUUGUACAUUGGUAUCCAUUCAGCGAUGACAAAAAACACCCACCUAUUUCCUGGCUAAAGAUGGUGUGGAAAAACCUCUAUAUCCACUUUUCUGAGGACCUGACCCUGUUUGAUGAGAUGCCACUUAUCCCCAGAACCACACUAGAAGACCAGACAUGUAUUGAGCUCAUUAGACUCCGAAUCCCCUCAGUAGUGAUUUUAGAUGAUGAAUCUGAAGCCCAGCUUCCAGAAUUUCUGGCAGACAUUGUCCAGAAGCUUGGAGGAAUUGUCCUUAAAAGACUCGAUGCCUCCAUCCAGCAUCCGCUUAUUAAGAAAUAUAUUCACCCCCCUUUACCAAGUGCUGUUUUGCAGAUCAUGGAGAAGAUGCCAUUGCAGAAACUGUGUAAUCAGGUUGCUUCGCUCCUUCCAACACACAAAGAUGCCCUGAGGAAGUUCUUAGCUAGUUUAACUGAUAGCAGUGAAAAGGAGAAGAGAAUAAUUCAAGAACUUCCAGUCUUCAAGAGGGUUAAUCAUUCAUCGGGUCAGGGAAUUUCCUCUUACACAAAACUGAAAGGCUGUAAAGUUUUGCAUCAUACUGCCAAGCUCCCACCUAACUUGCGACUGUCUAUGUCUGUAAUAGACAGUAGUGAUGAGGCUACCAUUCGUUUGGCAAAUAUGCUGAAAAUAGAAAAACUGAAGACCACUAGCUGCUUAAAGUUUGUUUUGAAAGACAUUGAGAAUGCAUUUUACUCACAUGAGGAGAUCAAACAGCUUCUAUUGUGGAUUCUUGAGAAUCUAUCCUCCCUGAAGAAGGAAAAUUCCAAUGUGAUUGAUUGGUUGAUGCCAUUGAAAUUCAUUCAGCUUUCGCAGGAAAAGAUGGUGUCUGCCAGUGAACUCUUUGAUCCCGAUGCUGAAGUACUGAAGGACCUCUUCUAUGAUGAGGAAGAAAUCUGUUUUCCACCUUCAGCUUUUACCUCACCUGAUAUUCUUCAUUCUAUGAGACAGAUUGGCUUAAAAAAUGAAGCUAGUCUCAAGGAGAAAGAUGUCGUGCAGGUGGCCAAAAAAAUAGAAGCUUUACAGGCCAGUUCUUGUCCAAAUCCAGAUGCUCUUUUAAAGAAAGCCAAGACCCUCUUACUGGUUUUGAAUAAGAACCAUGCAUUGUUGCAGUCAGCAGAGGGAAAAAUGACAUUGAAGAAAACUAAGUGGGUUCCAGCCUGCAAAGAGAGGCCUCCCAACUACCCAGGCUCUUUAGUCUGGAAGGGAGAUCUCUGUGAUCUUUGUGCACCCCCGGAGAUGUGUGAUGUAGGGCAUGCAAUUCUAGUUGGCUCGUCAGUCCCUCUUGUUGAAAGUCUCCAUGUAAACCUGGAGAAAGCCUUAGGCAUUUUCACCAAACCCACCAUCAGUGCUGUCUUAAAACACUUUAAAGUUGUUGUGGACUGGUAUACUUCAAAAACCUUUAGUGAUGAAGACUAUUACCAGUUCCAGCAUAUUUUGCUUGAAAUUUAUGGAUUCAUGCAUGACCAUUUAGAUGAAGGCAAAGAUUCUUUUAGAGCCUUAAAAUUUCCAUGGGUCUGGACUGGCAAAAAAUUUUGUCCUCUUGCCCAGGCAGUGAUCAAACCGAUCCACGAUUUGGACCUUCAGCCUUAUCUGCACAGUGUGCCUAAAACCAUGGCAAAAUUCCACCAGUUGUUUAAAGCCUGUGGGUCUAUAGAGGAGUUGACAUCAGAUCACAUUUCAAUGGUCAUCCAGAAAAUCUAUCUCAAAAGUGAUCAAGAGCUCAGUGAGCAAGAAAGCAAGCAAAAUCUUCACCUCAUGUUGAACAUCAUCAGAUGGCUGUACAGCAGUCAGAUUCCAGCAAGCCCCAACACCCCUGUCCCCAUCCAUCUCAGCAAAAGCCCUUCUAAACUCGUCAUGAAGCCAAUUCAUGAAUGCUGCUACUGUGAUAUCAAGGUGGAUGACCUCAAUGACUUACUGGAGGAUUCAGUGGAGCCAAUCAUUCUGGUGCAUGAAGACAUACCCAUGAAAACUGCAGAAUGGCUAAAAGUCCCAUGCCUCAGUACAAGACUGAUCAAUCCUGAAAACAUGGGCUUUGAGCAAUCAGGGCAAAGAGAACCACUGACAGUGAGAAUAAAGAAUAUUUUGGAAGAAUAUCCAUCAGUGUCAGAUAUCUUCAAAGAGCUCCUACAGAAUGCUGAUGAUGCCAAUGCAACUGAAUGCAGCUUCUUGAUCGACAUGAGGAGGAAUAUGGACAUCAGGGAGAAUCUCCUGGACCCCGGGAUGGCAGCUUGCCAUGGCCCCGCUUUGUGGUCUUUCAAUAAUUCUGAGUUCUCGGAUUCAGAUUUUCUGAAUAUCACUCGACUUGGAGAAUCCCUCAAGAGAGGAGAAGUGGACAAAGUUGGGAAGUUUGGUCUUGGAUUCAACUCCGUGUACCACAUCACCGAUAUUCCCAUCAUCAUGAGUCGAGAAUUCAUGAUCAUGUUUGACCCCAACAUAAACCACAUCAGUAAGCACAUCAAAGACAAGUCCAAUCCAGGCAUUAAAAUCAACUGGAGUAAACAACAGAAGAGACUCAGGAAGUUUCCCAAUCAGUUCAAACCCUUUAUAGAUGUUUUUGGCUGCCAGUUGCCCCUGACUGUGGAAGCCCCCUACAGCUACAAGGGCACCCUCUUCCGGCUUUCCUUUCGAACGCAGCAGGAAGCCAAAGUGAGCGAAGUCAGCAGCACUUGCUACAACACAGCAGAUAUAUACUCCCUGGUGGACGAAUUUAGUCUCUGUGGGCACCGGCUGAUCCUUUUCACGCAGAGUGUCAAUUCCAUGUAUCUGAAAUACUUGAAAAUUGAAGAAAGCAACCCCAGCUUGGCACAAGACACAAUCAUCAUCAAAAAGAGAAUUUGUGCUUCCAAAGCGCUGACGGCACCUGUCCUGAGUGUGCUCAAAGAAGCAGCCAAACUCAUGAAGACUUGUGGCAGUGGGAGUACCAAGAAGCUCCCCAGCGAGGCCCCCAAGUCAUCCUGCAUCCUGCAGAUCACUGUGGAGGAGUUUCACCACGUGUUUAGGCGCAUCGCUGACUUGCACUCCCCACUAUUCCGAGGCCCAGAUGAUGACCCAGCGACCAUUUUUGAAAUGGCAAAAUCGGGCCAAACCAAGAAGCCUUCAGAUGAGCUACCACAGAAGACCAUGGAGUGCACCACCUGGCUGCUCUGCACCUGCAUGGAUACGGGCGAGGCGCUCAAGUUCUCCCUGAGCGAGAGUGGGAGGAGAUUGGGACUCGUCCCGUGUGGUGCUGUGGGCGUACUACUCUCUGAGGCCCAGGACCAGAAGUGGCUGGUGAAGCCCCAUGCGGGAGAAGUCUUCUGCUAUUUACCGUUACGCAUAAAGACAGGCUUGCCUGUUCACAUUAAUGGCUGUUUUGCUGUUACUUCAAAUAGGAAAGAGAUCUGGAAGACGGAUACGAAAGGGCGUUGGAACACCACCUUUAUGAGGCAUGUUGUGGUGAAGGCCUACUUGGAGGCCCUCAGCGUCCUGCGGGACCUGGCCAUUGCCGGCGAGUUGGCUGACUACACCUACUAUGCUGUCUGGCCUGAUCCUGACUCUGUUCAUGAUGAUUUCUCUGUCAUUUGCCAAGGAUUUUAUGAAGAUAUCGCUCACGGGAAAGGGAAGGAACUUACCAAAGUCUUCUCAGAUGGGUCCACAUGGGUCUCCAUGAAGAAUGUGCGAUUUCUAGAUGACUCUAUACUACAAAGGAAAGAUGUUGGUCCUGCGGCCUUCAAGAUAUUUUUGAAAUACCUCAAGAAGACUGGGUCUAAAAACCUGUGUGCUGUGGAGCUGCCGCCUUCAGUCAAGCUAGGAUUUGAGGAAGCUGGCUGUAAACAAAUCCUUCUGGAAAACACUUUUUCAGAGAAGCAGUUCUUUUCAGAAGUGUUCUUUCCUAACAUUCAGGAAAUCGAAGACAAAUUUAGGGAUCCUUUGAUGAAUUUUGUUCUGAAUGAAAAAGUAGAUGAAUUCUCUGGGAUUCUCCGUGUGACACCCUGCAUCCCUUGCUCUUUAGAGGGGCAUCCUUUGGUCUUACCCUCCAGGCUGAUCCAUCCUGAAGGGCGAGUGGCAAAGUUAUUUGAUAUCAAAGAUGGGCGUUUCCCCUAUGGCUCCACUCAGGAUUAUCUUAAUCCCAUUAUCUUGAUUAAACUAGUCCAACUAGGUAUGGCCAAAGAUGACAUUUUAUGGGAUGACAUGCUAGAAAGGGCAGAGUCAGUGGCCGAAAUUAACAAAAGUGACCACGCUGCUGCUUGUCUAAGAAGUAGUAUCCUGUUAAGUCUCAUUGAUGAGAAACUGAAAAUCAGGGAUCCGAGAGCAAAAGACUUUGCUGCAAAAUACCAAACGAUUCCUUUUCUUCCUUUCCUGACGAAGCCAGCAGGCUUCUCUUUGGAGUGGAAAGGAAACAGUUUCAAGCCUGAAACCAUGUUUGCAGCCACAGAUCUGUAUACAGCCGAGCAUCAGGAUGUUGUUUGUCUUUUGCAACCAAUACUGAAUGAAAAUUCCCAUUCCUUCAGAGGCUGUGGCUCUAUGUCCCUGGCUGUUAAAGAGUUUCUGGGAUUACUUAAGAAGCCAACAGUUGAGCUGGUUAUAAAUCAGUUGAAGGAAGUUGCCAAGUCAGUUGAUGACGGGAUUACGUUAUACCAGGAGAACAUCACCAAUGCUUGCUACAAAUACCUCAAUGAAGCAAUGAUGCAAAACGAAGUCACAAAGCUGUCAGUCGUUGAGAAGUUGAAAACCUGCAGCUUCAUUCUUGUGGAAAAUGCUUAUGUUGAUCCCGAAAAGGUCUCUUUUCACCUGAACUUUGAAGCAGCCCCUUAUCUCUAUCAACUGCCUAACAAAUAUAAAAACAAUUUCCGUGAGCUCUUUGAAAGCGUGGGUGUGAGGCAGUCAUUUAUGGUGGAGGAUUUCGCCCUUGUCCUGGAAUCCAUAGAUCAAGAAAGAGGAUCAAAGCAAAUCACAGAGGAGAACUUCCAGCUUUGCCGGCGGAUCAUCAGUGAAGGAAUAUGGAGUCUCAUUAGGGACAAGAAGCAGGAGUUUUGUGAGAAGAAAUAUGGCAAGAUAUUAUUGCCUGACACCAACCUGGCACUUCUCCCAGCCAAAUCUUUGUGCUAUAAUGACUGUCCCUGGAUCAAAGUGAAAGACAGUACUGUGAAAUAUUGUCAUGCAGAUAUUCCCAGGGAAGUAGCUGUAAAGCUUGGAGCAGUGCCAAAACGGCACAAAGCCCUGGAAAGAUAUGCAUCCAAUGUCUGCUUCACCACACUGGGCACUGAGUUUGGGCAGAAAGAGAAACUCACAAGCAGAAUUAAGAGCAUUCUGAAUGCCUACCCUUCAGAAAAGGAAAUGCUGAAGGAACUGCUUCAGAACGCUGAUGAUGCCAAAGCCACCGAAAUCUGCUUUGUGUUUGACCCCCGGCAGCACCCAGUGGACAGGAUUUUUGAUGACAAGUGGGCACCACUGCAGGGCCCCGCUCUGUGCGUGUACAACAACCAGCCCUUCACAGAAGAUGAUGUCAGAGGGAUCCAGAAUCUGGGGAAAGGCACCAAGGAGGGAAACCCUUGCAAAACAGGCCAGUACGGAAUAGGUUUCAACUCUGUGUAUCACAUUACUGACUGCCCUUCCUUCAUCUCUGGCAAUGACAUCCUGUGCAUCUUCGACCCUCAUGCUCGCUAUGCUCCAGGUGCCACGUCAGUCAGCCCUGGCCGCAUGUUCAGGGACUUGGAUGCAGACUUCAGGACGCAGUUCUCAGAUGUUCUGGAUCUUUACCUGGGCACCCACUUCAAACUGGACAACUGCACUAUGUUCCGGUUCCCUCUCCGCAAUGCAGACAUGGCAAAGGUCUCGGAAAUCUCCUCGGUCCCCUCCUCAGACCGCAUGGUCCAGAAUCUGCUGGACAAGCUACGCUCCGAUGGGGCUGAGCUCCUCAUGUUCCUGAACCACAUGGAGAAGAUUUCUAUCUGCGAGAUCGACAAGGGCACUGGGGUGCUGAAUGUAUUGUACUCCGUCAAGGGCCAGAUCACUGAUGGGGACAGACUGAAAAGGAAGCAGUUCCAUGCUUCUGUGAUUGACAGUGUGACCAAGAAGAGGCAGCUCAAAGACAUCCCGGUCCAGCAGAUCACCUAUACCAUGGACACUGAGGACUCAGAGGGCAAUCUCACCACCUGGCUGAUUUGCAAUCGAUCAGGCUUCUCAAGUAUGGAGAAGGUGUCCAAGAGUGUCAUCUCAGCCCACAAGAACCAGGACAUCACACUCUUCCCACGUGGUGGGGUGGCCGCUUGCAUUACCCACAACUACAAAAAACCCCACCGGGCCUUCUGCUUCCUGCCCCUGUCACUAGAGACCGGGUUGCCCUUCCAUGUCAAUGGCCACUUUGCCCUUGAUUCAGCCCGAAGGAACCUGUGGCGGGAUGAUAACGGUGUGGGUGUCCGAAGUGACUGGAACAAUAGCUUGAUGACAGCGCUGAUAGCUCCAGCCUACGUGGAGCUACUCAUCCAGCUGAAAAAGCGCUACUUCACCGGUUCAGACCCCACCAUGUCGGUCCUGCAGAACACACCCAUCCAUGUUGUAAAGGAUACCCUGAAGAAGUUUCUAUCAUUUUUCCCUGUUAACAGACUUGACCUGCAGCCAGACUUGUACUGCCUGGUGAAGGCGCUGUACAGCUGCAUCCAUGAGGACAUGAAGCGCCUGCUGCCUGUCGUCCGCGCGCCCAAUAUUGACGGCUCUGACUUGCACUCAGCGGUUAUUAUCACUUGGAUCAACAUGUCUACUUCAAACAAAAUGAGACCCUUUUUUGACAACCUGCUGCAGGAUGAACUGCAGCAUCUGAAAAACGCUGACUACAACAUCACAACGCGCAAAACAGUAGCAGAGAACGUGUAUAGGCUGAAGCAUCUACUUUUAGAAAUAGGUUUCAAUUUGGUGUAUAACUGUGACGAGACGGCUAAUCUCUACCACUGUCUCAAGGAUGCUGAUAUCCCCGUCAGCUAUGUCACUCCCACAGAUGUCCGAUCUUUCUUAAUGACCUUUUCCUCCCCUGAUACGAACUGCCAUAUCGGAAAGCUGCCUUGCAGACUUCAGCAGACCAACCUCAAGCUUUUCCAUAGUUUAAAAUUGUUGGUUGAUUAUUGUUUCAAGGAUGCGGAGGAAAAUGAGAUUGAAGUGGAGGGCCUGCCCCUACUCAUCACCCUGGACAGUGUGCUGCAAACUUUUGAUGCCAAGCGGCCAAAGUUCCUGACAACCUACCACGAACUGAUUCCUUCUCGCAAAGACUUAUUCAUGAACACACUGUAUUUGAAAUACAGCACUAUCUUACUGAGCCGAAACGUCGCCAAGGUGUUUGACAUUUCAAGCUUUGCUGAUCUGUUGUCCUCAGUGUUGCCUCGGGAGUAUAAGACCAAGAAUUGUACUCGGUGGAAAGAUAAUUUUGCCAGUGAGUCUUGGCUAAAGAACACAUGGCAUUUUAUAAGUGAAUCUGUAAGUGUGAAGGAGGACCAGGAAGAGACCAAACCAACGUUUGACAUUGUUGUUGACACCCUAAAAGACUGGGCCUUGCUUCCUGGGACAAAGUUUACAGUUUCAGCAAAUCAGCUUGUGGUUCCUGAGGGUGAUGUCCUGCUCCCGCUAAGCCUCAUGCACAUAGCAGUUUUCCCAAAUGCCCAGACUGAUAAAGUUUUCCAUGCCCUCAUGAAAGCUGGCUGCAUUCAGCUGGCUUUGAACAAGAUCUGCUCUAAGGACAGUGCAUUUGUCCCUCUGCUGUCAUGCCACACAGCAAACAUAGAGAGUCCCUCAAGUAUUUUGAAGGCCUUGCACUAUAUGGUCCAGACUUCCACAUUUAGAACGGAAAAGUUAGUAGAAAGUGACUUUGAGGCACUUUUGAUGUAUUUCAGCUGCAAUCUGAGUCACUUGAUGGCUCAGGAUGACAUUAAAAUCUUGAAGUCUCUUCCAUGUUACAGAUCCAUCAGUGGUCGCUAUAUGAGCAUUGCAAAAUUUGGCACCUGCUAUGUACUUACAAAAAGUAUCCCAUCAGUUGAAGUGGAAAAAUGGACACAAUCAUCCUCCUCUGCAUUCCUGGAGGAAAAAAUUCACCUGAAGGAGCUCUAUGAGAUGGUAGGCUGUGUACCUGUGGAUGACCUGGAAGUGUAUCUGAAACACCUCUUGCCCAAAAUUGAAAAUCUUUCUUAUGAUGGAAAGUUAGAGCACUUGAUCUACCUGAAGAACCAGUUAUCUAGUAUUGAAGAAGUAUCAGAGAUUAAAGAACAACUUUUUGAAAAACUGGAAAGCUUGUUGAUAAUCUACGAUACCAACAACCGCCUGAAGCAAGCAAAACAUUUCUAUGAUCGGACUGUGAAGGUUUUUGAAGUUAUGCUUCCUGAGAAAUUGUUUAUCCCUAAGGAUUUCUUUAAAAAAUUGGAGCAGCUUAUAAAACCCAAAAAUCAGAGUGCAUUUAUGACAUCCUGGGUGGAGUUCUUAAGAAACAUUGGACUAAAAUACAUCCUCUCUCAACAGCAGUUGCUCCAGUUUGCUAAGGAAAUCAGUGUGCGGGCGAACACAGAGAACUGGUCGAAAGAAACACUGCAAAAUACUGUUGAUAUCCUUCUCCAUCAUAUAUUCCAAGAGAGAACGGAUCUGUUGUCUGGGAACUUCCUGAAAGAAUUGUCCUUGAUCCCAUUCUUAUGUCCUGAGAGGGCCCCAGCUGAAUUCAUCCGGUUUCAUCCUCAAUAUCAAGAGGUGAAUGGGACACUGCCACUUAUAAAGUUUAAUGGUGCACAGGUCAACCCAAAAUUCAAACAGUGUGAUGUGCUGCAGCUUCUGUGGACAUCCUGCCCCAUUCUUCCAGAGAAGGCCACCCCUCUGGGUAUCAAAGAGCAAGAAGGCAGUGACCUUGGUCCUCAAGAGCAGCUGGAACAAGUGUUAAGCAUGCUUAAUGUUAACUUGGACCCCCCUCUGGAUAAGGUCAUCAAUAACUGCCGGAACAUAUGCAACAUUACAACUUUGGAUGAAGAAAUGGUGAAAACCAGAGCUAAGGUCCUAAGGAGCAUCUAUGAGUUCCUCAGCGCAGAAAAGAGGGAGUUCCGCUUUCAGCUGCGUGGUGUUGCUUUUGUGAUGGUAGAAGAUGGUUGGAAGCUCUUGAAGCCUGAAGAGGUGGUGAUCAAUUUAGAAUAUGAGUCUGAUUUCAAACCUUAUCUGUACAAGCUGCCUUUAGAACUGGGUACUUUCCAUCAGCUGUUCAAGCUGUUGGGCACCGAGGAUAUUAUUUCUACCAAGCAAUACGUGGAAGUGCUGAGCCGCAUAUUCAAAAAUUCUGAAGGCAAACAACUGGAUCCCAAUGAGAUGCGUACCGUCAAGAGAGUGGUUUCGGGCCUGUUUAAAAGUCUGCAGAAUGACUCCGUCAAGGUAAGAAGUGAUCUGGAGAACGUGAGAGACCUGGUCCUGUACCUUCCCAGCCAAGAUGGCAGACUGGUGAAGUCGAGCAUCCUGGUGUUUGAUGAUGCACCACAUUAUAAAAGUAGGAUCCAAGGGAAUAUUGGUGUUCAGAUGCUGGUGGACCUUAGCCAGUGCUACCUGGGUAAGGACCACGGAUUUCACACCAAGCUCAUAAUGCUUUUCCCGCAGAAACUCAGACCUCGCCUUCUCAGCAGCAUCCUUGAAGAACAGCUGGACGAAGAGACUCCCAAGGUCUGCCAGUUUGGGGCGCUGUGUUCUCUCCAGGGGAGAUUGCAGCUGCUCCUCUCCUCAGAGCAGUUCAUCACGGGCCUCAUCAGGAUCAUGAAGCAUGAAAAUGACAAUGCUUUCCUGGCCAAUGAAGAGAAGGCCAUCCGGCUUUGCAAAGCCCUGAGAGAAGGCCUGAAGGUGUCCUGCUUUGAGAAGCUUCAGACGACACUGAGGGUGAAAGGGUUCAACCCUAUACCCCACAGCAGGAGUGAAACAUUCGCCUUCUUGAAGAGGUUUGGCAAUGCAGUCAUUCUGCUCUACAUCCAGCACUCAGACAGCAAAGACAUCAACUUUCUCCUCGCACUGGCAAUGACACUGAAGUCAGCUACUGACAACUUGAUCUCAGACACGUCCUAUUUGAUUGCGAUGCUUGGAUGCAAUGACAUUUACAGAAUCAGUGAGAAGCUUGAUAGUUUAGGAGUAAAAUAUGACUCCUCAGAGCCAUCCAAACUCGAACUGCCCAUGCCAGGCACCCCCAUCCCAGCUGAGAUCCACUAUACUCUGCUUAUGGACCCCAUGAAUGUCUUUUACCCUGGAGAAUACAUUGGCUACCUUGUGGAUGCAGAAGGUGGUGAUAUCUAUGGAUCAUACCAGCCAACAUAUACAUAUGCAAUUAUUGUGCAAGAGGUUGAAAGGGAAGAUGCGGAAAACUGCAGCUUUCUGGGAAAGAUCUAUCAGAUUGACAUUGGUUAUAGCGAAUACAAGAUCGUUAGCUCUCUUGAUCUGUAUAAGUUUUCAAGGCCAGAUGAAAGUACUCAUAACAGAGACAGUGCCCCGUCCACCCCAACCAGCCCCACAGAGUUUCUGGUCCCAGGACUUCGGAGCAUCCCCCCUCUCUUUUCCGGCAGAGAGAGCCACAAGACCUCGUCUUCCAAACACCAUUCCCCCAAGAAGCUGAAAGCCCAUUCCCUACCAGAAAUCCUGAAAGAGGUGACAUCAGUGGUGGAGCAAGCAUGGAAGCUUCCAGAAUCAGAAAGGAAAAAGAUCAUUAGACGGCUGUAUCUCAAGUGGCACCCUGACAAAAAUCCCGAGAACCACGACCUGGCCAAUGAAGUGUUUAAGCACCUGCAGAAUGAAAUUAACAGAUUAGAGAAGCAGGCUUUUCUGGAUCAAAAUGCAGACAGGGCCUCCCGGCGGACUUUUCCCACCUCUUCAUCCCGAUUUCAAUCAGACAAGUACUCUUUUCAGAGAUUUUAUACCUCCUGGAACCAAGAAGCCACAAGCCAUAAAUCGGAAAGGCAGCAACAAAAUAAAGAAAAAUGUCCGCCCACCUCUGGGCAGACUUACUCACAGCGGUUCUUUGUCCCUCCCACGUUCAAGUCUGUGGGCAAUCCCGUAGAAGCACGGAGGUGGUUAAGGCAAGCUAGGGCUAACUUCUCUGCAGCCAGAAAUGAUCUGCACAAGAACGCCAACGAGUGGGUGUGUUUCAAAUGUUACCUCUCCACCAAGUUGGCCUUGAUCGCAGCUGACUAUGCAGUGCGGGGCAAGUCUGACAAAGAUGUGAAGCCAACAGCACUUGCCCAGAAAAUAGAGGAGUAUAGCCAGCAGCUGGAAGGCCUGACGAAUGAUGUGCACACGCUAGAAGCCUACGGUGUAGACAGCCUCAAAACUAGAUACCCUGACUUGCUUCCUUUCCCCCAGAUCCCCAAUGACAGGUUCACUUCUGAGGUGGCCAUGAGGGUGAUGGAGUGCACUGCUUGUAUUAUCAUAAAACUUGAGAAUUUCAUCCAGCAGAAAGUGUGA